UUGUCUCCCGUCUCCCUGACACCCCUGACCUGCCACCUUAAGCUAGUAGCCUGCAUGCGCAGAACACCCGCUGCGAGGAGCAGUAGAGCCAAGAUGGCGGUGGUGGUGGAGAAUGUUGUGAAACUGCUGGGUGAGCAGUAUUACAGGGAUGCUAUGGAGCAGUGUCAUAACUUUAACACCCGUCUAUGUGCAGAGAGGGGUGUGAGGAUGCCCUUUCUCGACUCUCAGACAGGUGUCGCCCAGAGCAAUUGCUACUUCUGGAUGGAAAAAAGACACAGAGGACCAGGUAUGGCUCCAGGUCAGUUAUACACAUACCCAGCACGACGCUGGAGAAAAAAGAGAAGAGCUCACCCUCCAGAGGACCCUCAGUUGGCCUUCCCCUCUCUAAAGUCUGAGCUGGAUCUGGGGCUUAAGAAGGAUGUUUUCUCCAGUGAUGGUAGCAGCUUAGAGGCUCUUCUGAAGGGAGAGCCAUUAGAAAAGAGAUUGGGAAUUGAGCUCCGCAUGGGGGAAGAGGAGCCCAGCUCAAUGGAAUACUCCGCUGGGAGACUAAACGUCAACCCCAGGGUCCGCAAGAGAAUUUUGGAACCAGAUGAUUUUUUAGAUGAUCUGGAUGAUGAAGAUUAUGAGGAUGAUACUCCGAAGAGGCGGGGAAAAGGCAAGGGCAAGGGUCGUGGUGUCAGCAGUGCUCGGAAGAAGUUGGAAGCAGCAGCUGCGUUGGAGGAUCGGGAUAAACCGUACUCUUGUGACAACACUCUCAAACAAAAGCAAAUUUCAAAAUCUUCAGAAAGAGUCUGUGGGAAGCGCUAUAAGAACAGGCCUGGACUCGGUUAUCAUUACGCCCACUCUCACUUGGCUGAGGAGGAGGGGGAGGACAAAGAAGUGGAGGACAUUUGCGAACCGACUCCACCCCAACCGGACGAACCCAAGACUCCUAAGAAGGGCCCAGAUGGUAUGGCUCUGCCGAACAUCUACUGUGAUUUCUGUUUGGGAGAUUCUAGCAUGAACCAGAAAACUGGCCAAUCAGAAGAGCUUGUGUCCUGCUCAGACUGUGGACGUUCUGGUCACCCCUCAUGUCUGCAGUUCACUGCGGUGAUGAUGGCUGCAGUGAAAACAUAUCGUUGGCAGUGCAUUGAAUGCAAGUGCUGUAAUAUGUGUGGAACCUCAGAAAAUGAUGACCAGCUGUUGUUCUGUGAUGACUGUGACCGAGGUUACCACAUGUACUGCCUCUCACCCCGUAUGGCUGAACCUCCUGAAGGAAGUUGGAGUUGUCAUCUAUGUUUGAUCCUUUUGAAAGAGAAAGCCUCCAUAUACCAGAAUCAGAAUGCACCCCCUUCGUGAUGGUGAAAACUCCCCUUCUGAAAACUCAUAUUUCCUUCCAAGAGUUGUUUGAUAGAGCACAUUGAAGAGGUUGAACAGAAGUUGUAGUGGAACGGAAAAGGGACGAGCACCUUGCCAUCCUCUGUAGUGACAAAUGGAGGGAAAGAAAGAGAGCGGGAGUGAGUGAGAACAAGUAUAAGAGGCAUUAUUCUCUUUCCCUUUUAUUCUUUUACAUCUCAGCAGGUUUGAUCUCAGUAUGACUGUUACACAGUUUCAAACUAAAUCGCUCUUUAUUUUCAACUAUUGUCCCAUUAGAAAUAAGCCAAGAAGAAAUUCUCCCCACCUUUUUAGCAGUACAUAAUUCUAGGGAAUCACUAUAAGAAUAUAUGACUGUCUUUGAGUUCCUGUUCAUAUUAGACCUAAAUUAUUCCACCAGAUUCUGCAGACACUGUUCAACAGAAAACUAAUUAUAAACCACAGCUUGCAGCAGCCAAAAUAAAGAUUGCUUACAGCCAUAUCCUAAUUACUCAAUGUACAGACACCGUGAUUCUCACGGAGAGGAAUAGUUGAAACCAAAUAGCAUGCCAAUGCUUGUUCAUAAUAAGUGAAAUAGGAAAAAAAAUAAAUAAAUAGAGAUGUGUUUUUGUAUAUUUAUAUAUUUGUAUAGCUUAUAAAGGUGUGUUGUAUAUUUACGAUCUUAAACACUAGAAAUGGUUAAUUAUAAAAAUAUUUGCUUGGGGAUUCUUAAUGAUAGUGUAAGUCUCUUAUCUGCAUAUGUCAUUGAAGCAGCCAGAGUGUGAGUUCUUUAGUAACUAAUGGGUUAAUGGUGCAGAUAAGGAUUGUGAUUCUAAAUAUUCUAUUUUUGUGGUUUUCUUUUCUUUUUGCUUUUAAUUAAUUUUGGACACCCUUGUGCGGUGUGUCAGGUAAAGCAGAGAAGAAGAGAGUGCUCACAAAUGGAUUCCAGUUUAAAAUAAACACCCAGAAACCAUAAGAAUUAUUGGAAAUUAAUUGUGCUGACACCACAUAGUAGAACAACAUAACCCAGACUGUAAUCAAUUUGUGAGUGUUCAAAAUCAGAUAGUCUACCAAGAAUGUUAAAACUCUUCUGAAUGUCCAAAUUUUUGUGGAGUGCAGAAUUAAGGAAAUAUUGGUAUAGUGUAAGGAAUUACAUGGACAAAACCACUGCAAUGCCAUACUUCUCAUGUUUACUGAUGACAUCAUUUCCAUGACAACAGCCAUAUAUUUUCACUCAUAUUUAUUCAUUUGCUAAAUUAAAAUAUUUAAAUUGUGAAUUUGUAGAAAAUACUGAGCAAUUGUUGGAUUUUACUGGAACCAUUACAAAAACUGUGGAACAGAGGAAUGACAAAACAAUCCAAUAAUAAAAUGGUACAUAUAGUUUUAAUUAAUAUUUAAGUAAUACUUAAACCACAUUUGAAAAGAGGUAGUAGAAUGACUUUGUGUGUUACAUGCUUAGUUAGCUGGUAAAUUCAACUCAACAUAGUUGAACUGAGAGUCUACGGAAUUGUACAAGUUGAGGUAUGGACAGGCAUCUUAAUCAGAUUAAAUUUUUCUUUUAAAUUUAUGAAAGCUGAAUUUUAAAUGAUCAAAAAAGAAAGUUGUCAUCCCUUACCUUAAAGGACUGAAAGUAUAGAAUAAUCUCCUGUGAAGACAAAUUGGAGCUGCGUGAACAGCGGCGUUCAGUGCAGUGACCCAGUGCUCAAUACAACACGUGCAAGUAUGGUAUGUGCUAAAUUUGUUAUAGCAUAGUUUGAAUAACUUCCUUGAUUUAAAAAAGCAAGCUAAGGUAAAUAUAUUACCUUCUCCUAAUGUCUCCUAACCUUAGCAAACUAGCCCAAAUGUUAUUUUGUUUAAAGAAUAAAUCUGCAGUGCAUCCAGAUGUCUCUUGUUCUUUGUAAAUUAAUAUGAAUGAAGUUGACACAAUUAAUUUUGUGUACUUGGUAUAGGUGCUGUAUUGGUAUUGUGUGCUUUCUCUCAAAGGAGCUAAGAAACUAAAUUUAAAUUUUCUCUAAAAUAUUGCCAAAAUCUGAUUUAUAUUUUAUAUUUGAGUUAUAUUGAAAGUUUAAAGACAUGAUUUCAGGUACGUGAAAAUCUACAAGACAUCACCGUUGUCUCCUUAUCAUCAUCAUCAUCAUCAUCAUCGACGUUAUCUUCUCAAUCAUGGCCUCCUAAUAGUCCCCAUCCACUAAUUGGCUCUAUAACUCUACUCUCUCCUCUCCACUAAUAGCUGGUGUGUGGUGAGCGUACUGGCACACUAUGGCUGCCGUUGCAUCCAUGUGGAUGCUGCACACUGGUGGUGGUUGAGGAGAGUCCCCCUAUACUAUGUGAAGCGCUUUGAGUGCCUAGAAAAGCACUAUACAUAUGUAAGGAAUUAUUAUUAAUUAUUGCUCAUAUGCACCCAUAACACAUAUACAAAAUAAUUUUGCAUUCUCAGGACAUUUUUAAAUUUAGCUUCAUAAUAUCAGUCAACUAACUAUUGUUAAAUCAAUUAAGAAAUGUAACCAUUUACUACAUUUACAAUUUUCUAGAGACUACGUUGUUUAUCUAGAGAGAAAGUGGCCAUUGAUGAUUUUCAUUUCUUUUUUGUAAUUUGAUUUUAUGUUUGCUUUAAUUUAAAAAAAUAUACAUAUUGUAUUUGUUAGGUUGCUUUUUGGCGGGAUUUAUUUGAAUAUGCUAUUUUGGUAUAUAGUAAGAUGAAAGAAAAAAUAAAACUGAC